AAACGGAGAAUUUCACAGCAUCUUUCCAUUUCACUAUUUCAAAGAUAGAAGUGUCUCUACCUUUCCACUCUUCCUAUUUUUGUGUAUAAAUAUAUAUCCAUUUCACAAACCACUCACCAACAACAACAACAAAUCACAUUUUCAUUUCAGCUACUACUCCUUUUUUACUCUCUUUGUUUGUUGCAUUGUAUGGCAGCCAAUUCGAGUAGCCGAUCGAUCACUGGCUUCGGGAAGCGAGUUUUCAACCAGAUCUGGAACUCCAACUCUGCACCUUCUCCUCUACCAAUCGCAUCUAGGAGGGCAGCAUACAGUUCAUUGUACGACAAGAACGUUGAUGAUCACAGUCACUCCGGGCCAGUCCCUGAUGAUGUGAUCCAGGCAACUCAAUCCACCAAAUACUGGGCUCCACACCCACAGACUGGUGUAUUUGGGCCCCCAGGCGAGCAAGUCACUGCUGGCUUCCAUUCAGCCUCCACUGCGGAUGCAACUGCUGCCGUUGCUGCAGGAGGCUCAGUGCUUGAGGAGAAGGCUUGGUUUCGCCCCAUCAGCCUUGAGGACUUGGAGAAGCCCCACUCCCAUCCUUAAUACUUGCCUUUAGAAGAUAAUAUAUGUAUAUGCGUGUGUCUAUACACUAAUAAAUAAGGGCAGGGCAGUACUUGUUACCGGCCAAGUGUGUGGUUAUUCUAGCUUGUGUAUUUUUGUGCUGAACUUCAUAGUGUCAGUGUGCAAAGACUGCACUGCAGGUUGAUGCUCUUUCAAGAGUUUGGACCUAAGACACCUUUUAUUAUACUAGUACAUAGCUAGACAUGAACUGCGUUCAUAUGCAUGUAAGCUUGUUUUUGCUUUUGCUUUUAUGCAGCUUUAAUGUUAGACCUAUGGUAAAUGUUGUGCUUA